UACUGAGAUGCAUCAGGACGUGAAAUGAAAAGUUCAUGAAUUUUUGAUCAAACAAAUAAAUUUAUAAUUGCUAUAGAAUCGUGAAGUCUUGACAUUUAUGUAGUUCCUUCAUCUUUAUAAAAAAUGUUUUGUACAUAUUCUACAUCCCAAUUAAUUGUUCUCAUGUUUUUAUUCCAGAUUUUCACCAAACAAAAAUAUUUUUUUUAAGUUACAACUUUUCUCCUUCAAGAUGACCUGCCCUUCUCCCAACGGCUCCACGAUGGUCCUCAUAAACCAAACAGACCCAGCAACCAGUUUGACCUCUGUGAAUAUACUGACCAUCACCCUCCAUGGAAUAGUCUCCACCAUCGGCAUCGUGGAAAACCUCCUCAUCCUCGGAAUCGUUGGCUUCCGUGUCCGCCGCUCCAUCAUCAGCAUCUGGAUCCUGAACCUGGCGGCGUCGGACUUCCUGGCCACGUGCUUCCUGCCCUUCUUCACCCUCUACAUGGCCCGUGGGAACACCUGGAUGCUGGGCCCGACCUUCUGCCGGAUCUACUCCUCCAGCUUCUUCCUCAACAUGUUCGUCAGCGCCUUCCUGCUCGCCGCCAUCUCUCUGGACCGCUGCCUGGUCGUGGUGAGACCCGUCUGGGCCCAGAACUACAGGACCGUGGAGCUGGUGGGGAAGAUAUGUGGAGCGAUUUGGUUCGCCGCUGUGAUCUUCACCAUCCCAUUCUACUUGUUCCGUGACACCAUCCAACUAUCCACUAAAAAAGUUCUCUGUUACUACAACUACGCAAGGUUGCUCCCAAGCGAGCCCUACGACCUUAAAGCUUUAUGUAAGCAGCGCAAAGAGGGACUGGUCAUCAUGAAGUUCCUGUUUGCUUUCCUGAUUCCUCUUCUAAUCAUCAUCUUCAGUUACGUAGCCGUGAACAGAAGCUUGGCGUACCGAGGCUGCCGGCGGUCUUUCCGGUUCGUCCGGCUCGUAGUGGCCGUUGUGGUGACCUUUAUCCUCUGCUGGGCUCCGUACCACAUCUUCAUCAUCAUGGAGAUGAUGGCCCCCAACAACAGUUCUGCGCGCAAGUUUGCGACCUCCGCUCUUCCGAUAUCGGCAACAGUCGGCUUCUUGAACAGCGUCAUCAACCCCAUCCUGUACGUCUUCAGCUGUCCCGAUCUGUGCCGCAAGAUCCGACAUUCCCUCGGAGCGGUGAUGGAGAGCGUCCUGGCCGAGGAUCUGGCUGAGCUGGCCCGGCGGCGCAGCACCCGCACCUCCGUCAGCAACUCCGAGCUUGGGAUGAGGAAGAAAAGUUCGACUACAGUUUUUACACCUCUGAAAGCAGAGACUACUGAGCAGGUAGAGUUUCUCACCAACUCUUCUUAGAACCGAAACGCGACGCAAAUUCCUAAAAUGGGACCGGAAGCCUUUUCUACCCAUGAAUCCUUUUACGGUAACUUUGUGUCGAGCUGAGCUUAUAAAGAUUUAAAACUUUAACCGCAGAAAAAAAUAACUAUUUAACUGCUGCAAUGUUUUAACAAACACAUGUAAAAACAUUGAAAUGACAUCCAGUUAAACUUCGGAUAGCUAGAUGAGCUAACUGCUAAUUCCAGCAAAAUCCAGACCAAAAUGUGCUGCUGCCUUAAAUAAAUCCAGUUUAGACAAAAGCUGUAGCAUUAGCAAUUUUAUAAGCAUAUAUAUUACUGUCAAUUUUGAAUUACACGUUUAUUCACGCAGAAUUCUGUGUUAGCUUGCACAAAUAGCAACAGCUAGCUGUAGCAUCUACCCACUUCCUGCUAAUA